GAUGGCUAUAAUUAUCAUAUUUUCCAUUUGUAGGGCUACUUAAGGAGCUUCCAAGCGAAAGGGAAGGUUAUUCUGCAAAGAGGGAGAAGGGUGAAGGAGGUAACAUUAGCUGUCUCUCACAAAAAGGAAAUCUUCCAUCAUGCGUGGCUUGUUGUUGAUCGUUAUCAUUGCUGUGUUAGCAACGUUUACUACCGGUGCUCUUGAGAACGAGAAACGUCAAUAUUCUCAAUGGCGACCUGGGAAAAAAGCUCUUGAGAACGAGAAACGUCAAUAUAAUCAAUGGCGACCUGGAAAGAAAGAUGAGACACAUUUGCUAGGGAAUCAACUUCACGAUCUUCAAGCUCGUGAGAACGUACAACGUAAAAAUAUGUGGCGACCUGGAAAGAGAGAUGAGAUACAAUUUUUAGGAUAUCAUAAUUUCCAAGCUCCUGAGACCGUAAAACGUCAAAAUAAAAAAUUAUGGCGGCCUGGAAAGAAAGAUAAGAUACAAACGUUAGGAUAUCACAAUGCCCAAGCCUCUUCAGGAUCCAUACCAACUCUAAAUGACCAGAAACAAAACGAUCUGGAAACUCAAAUGACAGGUUUGGGAGGAGUCAGCCCGCCAGUAGCCAAUAUACCUUUCCCAAGACCAGGAAGAAAAAGGAGAUCAAUGGCUGCCUAAGGUUGAGAGAUGUCCAAAUUUCUUGGCUAAACUACGGACAUGAAAAAGCUUGCAAAAACAUAGUUAAUGAUAAAUACCACACAAACGAAGACCGAAAGUGACGAGGAAUGCAAGUUUCAUGAAGAUCUUUGAAACACGAUAACACCCUUAUUGAUUCAGCGCCGCUUGAAAAGCCCGGCGAAUGUGAAUGAGUUAAAAAGUGUGUAAAUAAAGCUAAAUUUCAAGCGUA